CCUCUUGGACUCCUCCUCCUCUUCCUCCUCCUCCCCCGCUGAUGAAGCUCAGUCUCCGGCCUCCUUCCCCCUGGACUCCUCUCUCAGCCCCUCUCACCGGGCCUUCCUCCUCCCCAGGCCGGCUUCCUCCUCCUCCUCCUCCUCCUACAGCCCCCUCUGUGGAGCUCCAGAGCCCGACUCUCCGACCAGAUCUACUUCCAGCGGCGGAAGCAGCGGGGGCGGUACCGCGGUGUCGGAUGCCUCCAUGUGUUUUUCCUCAGAUUCGUUUUCAGCACAGGUGGACUCCAUCCUGAGGGGGGACUACUUCACCCCCAUGGGGGCCGUGGGGCCCAAGAGGCUCUGCCAGGUGUGCGGUGACUUUGCCUCAGGGUAUCACUACGGCGUGGCGUCCUGCGAGGCCUGCAAGGCGUUCUUCAAGAGGACCAUACAAGGGGACAUCGAGUACAGCUGUCCGCUGGUGAGCGAGUGUGAGAUCAUCAAGCGGAGGAGGAAAGCCUGUCAGGCCUGUCGCUUCCACAAAUGUCUCCAGGCCGGGAUGAUGAGGGAGGGAGUCCGUAUGGACCGAGUGAGAGGAGGCCGACAGAAGUACAAGAGGCGUGUGGAGACAGGACUGUGUUUUUACAGUAAAGCUCCGUACAGUCACCCAGUGAGCAGCAGUGAGUUCACUCAUCGAGCUCCAACGUUAACUUCACUUAUCAGUUCAACUCUUUUAGGAAACAAGGUGGUUUCUCAUUUGCUGCUGACAGAGCCCGCCCCACUGGCUGCCAAUCAGGACGAUUCGACCAAUGAGGGCAGCCUGCAGAACCUCAUGACCCUCUGUGACCUCCUGAACCAGGAGCUGCUGGUUCUGAUUGGCUGGGCCAAACAGAUCCCAG